AUUUCCUGCCGCGCAGCGCGGAGCGACGUCAGACUACGAGAAGGGGGAUUCGAGCGCGCACGCCUUCAAGAGAACGAAGACGCCACGCCGUCGCCGACGGCACGCGUACAGAAGGCUUCCCCGAAGGAUUACAAUACUACUACAUUGCCGUGGCGUUGCGGUUUCCUUCGGAGGUCUUUUAGCCGUGUAAGCUACACAACUUCACUCGAGGAGAAGGCAGCGGAGGUCUUGUUAAGCGCAGAGGAACGCGAACUCAGUGCGCGUUGUUUUUUUUUUUCGAUCCAGGCUGCAGUUUUGUCGAGAUUCGUGAGCGGCCGGCCGGCCGUGCGCAAGGCGAAAACGCGGCGUCAUACAGUUUUGGAGUACAGUGAAUCCGGACUUAAAGGAAACCCCGUUCGGGCAGCCUAUUCGGGGAUCACUACUGACCAGCAGCUUCGCAGAGAGACCUGUUGCGCGAAGCCAGAUCAUCGAAGUGCUUCCGAAGUGGACGUUGGAGAGCGUGACUUUUUAUUCCGGCUACCUGAGAAGACGCUUGUAGUUGCGUACGGACAGGAGGAGGUCCUUGGUUCGCUCCCUAAACACCGGUUCCCCUCUUCGAGUUAUUCCGGAAUCGACGCCGAUUUCGCUCCAGGGGCCACUGGUGACGUAACGGGCCGAAGGUGUCCGUAAACAAAGACACGACGACGAGAUCACAGCUUUUGUCAUCGUGUUUCUGCAGGAAAAAAACGACUCGUGACGGAUUUCCUUGACGUAAGGAUACGUGAAGAACGGGACGGGAAAUCUGCCCUCCCCUCUUGGUCGAAGGCUGAAGACAUCAUCUCCGCUGUGCCACUCCCUGCAUACUCGUCGCCUAAUUGUAAGGGAUCCAGUGUUUUCUCACAAGGCAAACUAGACUAGAACCAGCGAUAUCAAUCUCUGUUCGACCGGAGCUACCCUGCUGCUACAACUUCCCGAUAGCACAAGGCAGAGUGUACGCCUUCCAGCAUUUCCGAAGACUUCCCGGAGUUCCAGGGUAACAAUUCAGUCGCUGUGAGUUCUCUUCAAGAUGGUAAGCACCAUGCGACUUGAUGUAUGAUGCUAGUCACUCUGUAAGCAUACGCGUCAGUUCGAGGCAUCCACGGUUGCGUUCUCCGGCGAAGAAGAGACAAGCAAGUAGGCGAGUCUAAAAAAUUUUCGAAGCUACGUGACCACCGAAGACGACUUCACUUCCGAAGAAAUCUUUGCUGGUCGCUUCAAAACAUCGUCGACGAAACUUCGGAUCUGGUUACCCCGUAGAGCCAUCGGUUCUUCAGUUUGACAAGGAAACCUACAGGGCAAAUCUACCGUUCUCAACUGUGUGCUACAGUGCAAAUCGACGCUACAGGACCAGGCUUGGGCGCGAGGAUCACAAUUAUACUAUCCUCGGGUGAGACAUUCCCACAAGCUGGAAGCAACCAUGAGCGCGCCAAGCACUGCAAUCGCUACUCCGGUCGCGGCCUCCCUGCUACUGCUGUGGACCGCGCACGGGACCACGUGCCUGACGAUCGGCGAGCCGACGCCGACGGGAGUCGAACACGGCGACCUCUCGCGGCGGCCGCCGCAGUACGUCAUAGAAGUGGUCGAAUACGUCACGAGGGGGUACGACAUCGAGGAGCCACCGCCGUUCGUGGUCACCAACUCGACAAAGAUGCCAAUAUCUCAUGCAGUCAAAUCGGUGAACCCGUUCCUCUUGGUGGCCCUGGUGGUCACCGCCCUGCUGGUCCUGCUGCUUGGCUUCGCGUACGUGACGCGAAAAAGCGACACCGAGGACCCAGACUGCCCAGCUAACAGGCAGCAGCAACAGCAGCGGAACGCGAGCGCCGCAUCGCGGCACAACGGGGCCUUCGAGCAAGACACCGAAGGCACGGACGCCUGUCCCGCACAGCCGCCGUCUUACGACGACGUCGUCAAGGUCCCCUGGACCAUAUGGGCGGCCACGCAGCAGGGAGUCUUCACGCAGGGCACCGGAGCCACUCCACCGCCUUCGUACGAAGACGCGAGGAGGACUUUCCCGUUUCCCGAGUGUGCGCAGUGAUGACGUCAAGACACGAAUGGAUCUGACUUUACGGAAGUCGUGAACUCUCUUUGUGACGACGCCCAUUCCCCUUCUACGACGUCAACGCGCCAGUCGGACGUGACGUAAGCGAAGAUGAUGUCACAAAGUUAGCGGAUCUGACGUGACGGAAGUCAUCUCUAUUUGUGACGACCCUUGUAUGACGUCUCCACAUCCAUAGUGCCAAUUUAUGUGACGUCAGUUCGUGAGCCAGAAGUAUUUGGCCCAUAAGAAUUCGCUUACCCUCCUGGCGAUGACGCUCGUAGGACGUUCCCGUUCCCGCGGGAUACUGUCGCGGCUAUGACGUAUGGAAGAUGACGCCACAAAGCUAGCGGAUCUGUACUGACGGAAGAAGUAGUUCCCUUUGUGGUGACCCUUGUAUGACGUCACCGCUUCCGUAUUGCCAAUUUGUACGACGUCACUUCACGAGCCAGGAGGAUGUGGCUCGAAGGAAUUCGCUUACUCUAUUCGCGACGACGCUCGUUGAACGUUCCCGUUUCCGCAGGAUACCCUCCUAUGACGUCGCGGCUCUGACGGAUGUGACACGUCAACUUGUCGGACGACAAAGUGACGUGUCUGUUUCUGGAGUGCCUCACGUUCGACGUCACUGUGUGGAUGGGUAGUAUGACGAUACAAAUGUGCUUUAUCCACCAGUGAAGCCCGAGGAUGUGGUAUAAGUAAUGAGCUACGACGCGUGUUUUGUUGUGGAGUGUAGCGGAAGAGUCCUGAUGCUUCAGCAGUCGUAAUAGUGAGCGAGCAUAAGGAAGCGACAAGCCAGAAUUACCUUCCCGUGCCAAAAAGACACCCGCCUUGCGGAAUUAAUAAGCGUCUGUACUCCGCGAAGGCAUUGCAGAGGAGGAACCGGUGCGAUUUUGUUGUUACGCGAGUGUGUACCCGCUUUUAGGUACGUUUGAAUAGGAGUAGCUUUUACAGUAAGCUGAACUCUUGAAUAGAAGUGUGUGAAUAGGAAAUGUGUGACCAGAAAUAUGUGACAGUGCUUCAGCAACUAGACUUGCGUGGAACCUCCGGCUAUGAACCUAGACCGCCACGAUAGUUAAGAUACCCUAAGUGGGCACGUUCAUGACCUGAUGACAUCGCUCGCCAGAACACGUGAUAUUCACUAACGUGCCCAUCGGAAGCUCGUUUACAAGUUGAAGGCGUGUGGCAGCACCGAUACUGCUUCCUCUACCAUGCCACAAGAAAUGAUCCAUUUCUUUCUUGCUUUCCUACUGUAGUUUGGUGGAAGAGCCUCCAAGUCACGUCAGUAGCCUCAAACUAUGGAACCGCUUUCUGCACCAGAGUCGCCGAAGUGGCCAAGGAAGUGUUUCUGUGGGCUUCACGCGAAAGACAGUGAGUGUUUGCCUUGUGACGAGAACAGCGUUUUAACGGGCAGGACAUUGUGUCAUCGUCAUCACCAUCAUCAUCAUCAUCAUAAUCUGACUACGCCCACUGCAGGGUGAAGUCCUCGCCAAUGUGUCUCCCGGGUUGCGCCAAUCGACCCAGUCCUGUACUGUUAUCACGACAAACUUCUUAAUCUCAUUCAUCUCCCCACCUAACUCUCUGCCCCCUCCCCCGCUCCUGCGCUUGCCUUCUCUUGGAAUCCAGACUGCUACUUUUAAUGACCAGCGACUAUCUUGCCUUCGCGCUAAAUGCCCUGCCCAUGUCCAUUUCUUGUUGAUUUCGACUAAGAUGUACUUAACACCCGUUUGUACCCUGACCCAUUCUGUUCUCUUCUUGUCUCUUAAAAUCACACCUAUCAUUUUUCAUUGUAUACAAAUACAUAGAAGAGAGAUACAGCGGACAACUACGGUGGACUGAUGCGAGACGCGAUUGUCGCUGACCUGUGUACACGUUAGUCAGUGCUCAUAACUAGCAGGACAUUUAGCGUCACAAGCACUGUUUGUACGACUAAAUCUGUUCAUCAGCCCUCUCGCCGUUAUUCCGAGGGACGCUUACAUUUCUUCCCCACGAAGAAGAUGGUUAAAGCGUUUGUAAUCAAAGGAAGCCUUUCUCGACGCUGGAACGUCUCAGAAACGCCUACUUGGCAGUGCCAAUUAUUUAUAGAACACCGGGACAAAUGAAAUGACUCCGGCCUUUUCGUGCGUAGAGCGCCGCGAACACUAGUGAUCAUUGCAGAACUCGACUGCUUCUGGACUGUACAUAUCAUGUGAAUCUUCCUUAGAACAUGCCAUCAAACUACCACGCUGCGGAUGUACUUUGUGCCUUUGCGUGGAUUUCCACAACCUCAUUAAAGUCGUCAUCUCUCGUUUUUGUGCUUUUUCUUGCAUUCAUCAAGAAAACACCGUGAACUGUUUAUUAAAGCUGCUUAUGAUCGGCAAAUAAACACGUUAGACAUG